AUGUUCUCUGCCAUGCUGAUGGACGCCUACCGUGAUGAACGCCCCAGGAUCCGCAUCGCCUAUAGGACGGAUGGUCACCUCAAUCAACGGCGGAUGCACUUCCAAUCGCGCGAAUCCAAAACCACCGUUCGCGAACUUCUCUUCGCCGACGACUGUGCCCUCAACACCACUUCGGAAGAGGGCAUGCAACGGAGCAUGGACCUCUUCUCCGCCGCCUGCGAAAACUUUGAUCUGGUCAUCAACAGGCAGAAGACGGUGGUCAUGCAUCAACCGCCACCCAACACAGCCCCUCCCCCCAACGUGCCGCAAAUCAGCGUAGGUCGGUGCGCUUGCGCUCCCGCUGGAUAUAUGGGUCGUCCGCAUGGCUGCCCAGCCAUCCUCCUCCUUCUGAUCCGUCGUAGCGUUGAUGUUAUUGAUUAA